AGAAGAAGAGGAGGAGACGUUUGUAAACAGCACGCUACUUUAAUAAACAUGGACGACCUGCAGGAAAACAAACCUACAGGAUUAAUUAAAGUGAAAGAAGAAACCGAAGAGCUCGUGCAGGAACCAAUCACGGCUCACAAACCAGAAGCCAGCAUUUCCUUCAUCUGUCCUCAAUGUGGAAAGAGUUUCGCUCGCAAAUCCAAUCUGAGGAGUCACAUUAAAACGCACAUCGGCGCAAAACCGCACACGUGCCACGACUGCGGGAAGAGUUUCACCCAAAAAUCAACCCUUAAUGAUCACGUCCGAGUUCACAGCGGGGAAAACCCGUUCGAAUGCGAGCAAUGUGGAAAGACUUUCAUCCAGAAAAGCCUGCUGAGAAAUCACGGACGCAUUCACACUGCUGACAGGCCGUAUACGUGCAAUCAAUGCGGGAAGAGUUUCAAGCAGAACGGAGUACUCCAAACACACCUCAAGAUUCACUCCGGAGAAAGAGCGUUCGGCUGUUUGCAAUGCGGGAGGGGGUUUAUUAAUAAAGGCACGCUAAAGGAUCACAUGAGGAUUCACACUGGCGAGCGGUUGUUUAGAUGCUCCCAAUGUGGGAAGAGUUUCAUCCGUAACAGCGUCCUCCAGAACCACCUGCGCAUCCAUUCUGGAGAAAAGCCUUUCGCUUGUGUUUACUGCGGAAAGAGCUUCACGAAAGCUGCUAACAUGAAGACUCAUCAGCGCAUCCACUCUGAGGAAAAGCCGUUCGAGUGUGAACACUGCGGGAAAAGCUUCGUAUUGAGGCCUCAGCUGGUUAGGCAUUUGAAAAUCCACGCCGAUGAGAAAUCGUAUGCAUGCUCGCAUUGCGAUAAAUCAUUUUCGGUGUUUGAGUAUUUAAAGAAGCAUGAGAAAACUCACAGCGGAGUAAAGGCGUAUGUGUGCUUUGAGUGCGGGAAUGACUUCUCUUCGGCGUACUUCCUGAAGGAGCACCAGAGGACGCACAGCGGAGAGAAACCGUAUGAGUGUGGUCACUGCGAACGGCGCUUUUCACAUUCGGGAUCUUUGAAGAGGCAUGAGAGGGUUCACUCUGCACAGGCGCCUUUUCACUGCCAUUUAUGCAUGACGGGGUUCCCAUCAUCUAUUGAUCUACUUAGACAUGAAGUCAAAUGUUUCCACAAGUAGCAUGUGAUGAUGACCGGUUUACUGCGAUUGGAAGAAAGCUCUUCUUGAUUUUUGUAUCAUUCUUACAAGUAUUUGGGAUCAUGCAAGUACAUAUAACAGAAAAAUACACCCACCGGCCACUUUAUUAGGUACACCUUACUAGUACCGGGUUGGACCCCUUUCAGAACUGCUUUAAUCCUUCGUGGCGUAGAUUCAACAAGCCACUGGAAAUAUUCCUCAGAGAUUUUGCUCCAUAUUGACAUGAUAGCAUCACACAGUUGCUGCAGAUUUGUCAGCUGCACAUCCAUGAUGCCAAUCUCCCGUUCCACCACAUCCCAAAGGUGCUCUAUUGGAUUGAGCUCUGGUGACUGUGGAGGCCAUUUGAGUACAGUGAACUCAUUGUCAUGUUCAAGAAACCAGUCUGAGAUGAUUCAGGCUUUAUGACAUGGUGCGUUAUCCUGCUGGAAGUAGCCAUCAGAAGAUGGAGACACUGUGCUCAUAAAGGGAUGAACAUGGUCAGCAACAAUACUCAGGUAGGCUGUGGUGUUGACACCAUGCUCAAUUGGUACUAAUGGACCCAAAGUGUGCCAAGAAAAUCUCCCCCACACCAUUACACCACCACCACCAGCCUGAACCGCUGAUACAAGGCAGGAUGGAUCCAUGCUUUCAUGUUGUUGAGGCCAAAUUCUGAGCCGAGCAUCUGAAUGUGUCAGCAGAAAUGGAGACUCAUCAGACCAGGCAACGUUUCUCCAAUCUUCUAUUGUCCAGUUUUGGUGAGCCUGUGUGAAUUGUAGCCUCAGUUUCCUGUUCUUAGCUGACAGGAGCGGCACCCGGUGUGGUCUUCUGCUGCUGUAGCCCAUCCGCCUCAAGGUGGGACGUGUUGUGUGUUCAGAGAUGCUCUUCUGCAGACCUCGGUUGUAACGAGUGCUUAUUUGAGUUACUGUUGCCUUUCUAUCAGCUGAAACCAGUCUGGCCAUUCUCCUCUGACCUCAUUUGCGCCCACAGAACUGCCGCUCACUGGAUAUUUCCUCUUUGUCGCACCAUUCUCUGUAAACCCUAGAGAUGGUUGUGCAUGAAAAUCCCAGUAUAUCCCAUGGGCUAUUUGAUAUUUUACAAAAAUGACACUUAUUUUGUUUAUCUGCAAUAUAUAUUGCAAUAUGCAUGUGUGUUCACCACAUGGCUUGACUAGCUCUAUUUGAAAUAUAAUGUAUAAUCUGAGAUUGAGAUAAAUUUUAUAAGACAUCAUAUCUCUAUUUAAAAAAACUAAAAUGCAUUACAAGUGUAGAUAAACACAAUAGAGCAAAGAAAAAUGAAAUAAAUUGUGCUUCGUGGUUUUCUGGGGAGUCUAAACAGUAUUCAGGCACAGAAAUUUAAUUAAAUGUAAAAUUAAUAAAUAUGGAGGUGAAAAUUGCAUUACAAAUCCAUUUCUGUUUUUAAAAAAUAUAAAAUCUGGGCUCGUCAAACCGUAAUUGUGAGAUAGAGAGACAUAAACAAAAAAUAAAUAAAUAAAUAAACUGCAGGUUAGAUUAUUUACUCCGUAGAAGUGAUGCAGGGGGUCUUUUAUUCUGCCUAUCCGAGAGCUGUGACCACAGAGUGUGACGUUACUAUCUCUGUACAAUUUUUAAGCAUCUUCCGGGCUCUUCAAACCACAAUGAGAGAUACAGAGACAUAAAUAAACAAACAAACAUUACCAAGUUUGGAGUUUACAAGCGAUACGGCAGAAGGUCUUUUAUUCUGCCUAUCCGAGCGCUGACCACAGAGUGUGACGUUACUAUCUGUACAUUUUUUUAAGCAUCUUCCGGGCUAUUCAAACCAUAAUGAGAGAUACAGAGACAUAAAUAAAUAAAUAAACAUGAGCAAGUUUGGAAUUUAGAAGCGAUAAGGCAGUGGGUCUUUUAUUCUGCCUCUUGGUACGCUCUGGCGUCAUGACGUAAAUCUGUGGUCCUGAUUUAAGCGACGUUAUUCAGCAUCUGAGCUGCGUAAAACGUUUCACAUGCUUAAAUGUUGAUUUCCACAAAUGUGUUUAUAUUUAAUAUAGAUAUUAAUAUAGAUAUAGCGUAUAUCAUGUUGCGCAGUUUGUGAAACGAAUAUAUUCAGCCUAAUGCUUUGUAAGGUCUAAAUAAACCCUCUUCUGCAAUUAACAUUCGCUAUUGUCUACCUGGUCACAUUAUAAACAAGACAGAUUUUAUCCUGAGAAACUGUAUUGUGUCUCUUUUUGGGCAUUUUAUGGUAACGAAUGCUCUGUGCUCGGAUGUACGCCUUUGUUUAUGUUUGGUUUAGAUAUUUUAAACUAAUUUACUUAUUCUGUACACUCCAAGGCGGUUCAUUCCGCUGUGGCGACCCCUGAGAAACAAAGGUACAUUUACAUUUACAAAGGUACAUUUACAGCUGUUGCGGAGCGUUUAUUUUUACACUUCAACAUACUAACGUUAGAAAGUACAUGUUAAAUGCUGUGAAAUCAACUGAAUAUACUUUAUUAGCCAUCUAAUGUGCAUUAGAAAUAUAUUAUUAGUUUGUUAUGCAACUUGUAUACUAUUUAUAUACAUGUAUUAUCGUACACUACUAAAGCUGUUUAUUAUUUUACAACGUCAAAAGCAAGAUGGAGGGUUCCCAAAUGAAGUUAAGUUUACUCAUCACAGUGAAAAUACAUUUUGAUAACUGAAACUGCAUAAUAAAAUGGAAAAAAUAAUAAUUAUCAUUACGUUAAGCGUUUUGUUCAUGAAAAUAACACAUUUACAGUCUGUAUUUCAAGAAAGAAAAACACCAAUUGAUGGACAUAACCAAGAGCUGCACAGAAUUAAGGGUUACUUAUGAUUUUUGUGUGUAAAAUGCUAAUUUAUUUUAGUUAUACAGUGCUGCACUUUUUAAAUAACGUUUAACAGUACUUUAACUGUUGAGUUUUAGCCAAUUAUUUAAUUUUUUCCACAUUACUGAUAUACUGACGUGAUAUUUAGGGUUGCUUAUUAUACCUGUGUUAUUUUGGUAAUUAUAAAAUCACUGACAAUUUUUUUUUGUGUGUGUACGGACAUGUAAACGUGUGUUGUGUGUGUGUGUUUGAUGUUUAAAGUGCAAGUACAGUUAUUUAUGUUGUGUUUUUUAAUUGUUUAUUGUAUAGUCCCAUCAUUAUAAAUGUGACAAAGCCUCAAGAAAAGAAAAAUCUACAUGUCAUGGAUAUAAAGAUUGAGGAUGUAAAAGAGGAGCAGGAAGAGACGAGUGAUCCACAGUCUUUUAGAGUGAAAGAUGAAGAAACGGAGGAACAAAUAGGUUAGUUUCCAAUCUUGAUCCCACAAUUUCAGGGCGAAAAAGAGCGUCACAUUUGGCAUUAAGACACACGUAGAGAUCUCAAUAAAUUUUAACAAAACUACAAGUGAUAUAUUUGCACCAUAUACAAUGUUUAUAGGCGAAGGGGAAUUAUUUUUGGGGUAUAUAGGUACAAAUAUUGCCAUAAUAAGCUGAACAAAUAUGUCAAUUGUCUUUACCAAUAAAGAAAAUGAACAUAAUUCGGUCUGAAUAGGGAACUUCUCUUGAGAUAUAUUAGGGCUGCUUGAUAUUUAAUAAAAAUGACAUUGUGAUA